UCGUGUCAUAUCAGAGCUCUCUGUCCGCACUGAAUCCAAUAAACAGGCAAUUCUGUUCCUUUAUAUAAACAAAAAAUGUACCUAUCGGCUGUGUUCACGAGAACAGACUGGAGAUGGCUUUCCGAGAGACAACAAUUCAGUGAAGAUGAGACCAUGGUCCCGGUACUAACCUCCAGAAAAGCCAGUGAACUCCCCGUCAACGAAGUAGUGUGUGUCCUGCAGGCCGACCUGCAGUUGGGUCUGACCCAGGAGGAGGUGAGCCGGAGGAGAGCCUACCAUGGCUGGAACGAGUUUGACAUCAGUGAAGAGGAGCCGCUAUGGAAGAAAUACAUUUCACAGUUCAAAGAUCCUCUCAUCCUGUUGCUGUUGGCGUCGGCAGUCAUCAGCAUUCUCAUGCACCAGUUUGAUGACGCCAUCAGCAUCACUGUGGCCAUCAUCAUCGUGGUGACCGUUGCGUUUGUCCAGGAGUACCGCUCAGAGAAGUCUCUAGAGGAGCUCGGGAAGCUGGUGCCUCCAGAAUGUCACUGUAUCAGGGAGGGGAACCUGGAGCACCUGCUGGCCAGAGAGCUGGUUCCUGGAGACACCGUCUGUCUGUCGGUGGGAGAGAGAGUCCCAGCUGACCUUCGCCUCGUCGAGGCGACCGACCUCUCUGUGGAUGAGUCCAGCCUGACGGGGGAGACCACCCCCUGCUCCAAGUCCACCUACCACCAGCCGCCGUCCACCAACGGAGACAUCGCGUCCCGUAGCAACAUCGCCUUCAUGGGGACACUAGUGCGCUGCGGCAGAGCCAAGGGUAUUGUUAUAGGAACUGGUGAGAACUCAGAGUUUGGGGAGGUUUUCAAGAUGAUGCAAGCAGAAGAGGCUCCUAAAACACCGUUACAGAAGAGCAUGGACCUUCUGGGGAAGCAGCUGUCGCUCUAUUCCUUCGGCAUCAUAGGGGUCAUCAUGCUGGUGGGAUGGCUGCAGGGGAAGAGGAUCCUGGACAUGUUCACCAUCGGUGUCAGUCUGGCGGUCGCUGCCAUCCCAGAGGGUUUACCCAUCGUGGUGACGGUGACGCUGGCGCUCGGUGUGAUGCGCAUGGUGAAGAAAAGAGCCAUCGUCAAGAAGCUUCCCAUCGUAGAAACUCUGGGCUGCUGUAACGUGAUCUGUUCGGACAAGACGGGAACUCUGACCAAGAACGAGAUGACGGUCACUCAGCUGUUCACGUCAGACGGACUCCACGCUGAGGUGACGGGCGUCGGCUACAACGGAGCAGGAGAAGUUUUACUGGACGGAGAGGUCGUCCACGGUUUCGCCUGCCCGUCUGUCAGCAAGCUUGUAGAGGUUGGCUGUGUGUGUAACGACUCGGUCAUCAGGAAUCACAAUCUGCUGGGACGACCGACGGAGGGAGCGCUCAUCGCCCUCGCCAUGAAGAUGGGGCUGGAGAGCCUGCAGCAGGAGUACGUGCGGCUGGAGGAGCACCCCUUCACCUCAGAGCAGAAGUGGAUGGCUGUUCGCUGCGUUCACCGCACCCUGCAGGAUAAACCUGGAGUUUACUUCAUGAAGGGUGCGUACGAGCAGGUGAUUCACCUCUGCAGCUCCUACAACAGCAGAGGAGCCGCACUGUCCCUCACUCACCAGCAGAGGGAGCUGUACCAGCAGCAGAUCAGCUACAUGGGCUCAGCUGGUCUCAGAGUCCUGGCGUUUGCGUCGGGUUCUGAGUUGGGUAACUUGACCUUCCUGGGUCUGGUGGGCAUCAUCGACCCCCCGAGGUCAGGGGUCAAAGAAGCCGUGGGGACGCUCAUCAACUCUGGAGUCGCCAUCAAGAUGAUCACGGGAGACUCCCAGGAGACGGCCGUGUCCAUAGCCAGUCGGUUGGGUCUGUACUCUAAAGGCUGUCAGUGUUUGUCCGGAGACGAGGUAGACCAGCUGGACCUGCAGCAGCUUUCACAAGUCGUCCCCAGAAUAGCCGUGUUUUAUCGAGCCAGUCCCCGACACAAGCUGAAGAUCGUCAAGUCCCUCCAGAACAUCGGCGCCGUGGUGGCCAUGACGGGCGACGGGGUGAACGACGCAGUGGCCCUGAGAGCUGCUGACAUCGGCGUGGCGAUGGGCCAGACGGGCACCGACGUCUGCAAGGAGGCGGCCGACAUGAUCCUGGUGGACGACGACUUCCAGACCAUCAUGUCGGCCAUCGAGGAAGGAAAAGGAAUUUACAACAACAUUAAAAACUUUGUCCGCUUCCAGCUGAGCACGAGCAUCGCAGCUCUGACACUAAUCUCCUUGGCGACGCUGAUGAACUUCCCAAACCCGCUGAACGCCAUGCAGAUCCUGUGGAUCAACAUCAUCAUGGACGGACCUCCUGCUCAGAGUUUGGGCGUGGAGCCCGUGGACCGGGACGUGAUCAGACAGCCUCCUCGAAACGUCAAAGACAGCAUCAUCACUCGCAGUCUGCUCACCAAAGUGCUGGUGUCGGCGCUCAUCAUCGUCUGCGGGACGCUGUUUGUCUUCUGGAGAGAGUUGCAGGACAACAUGAUCACUCCUCGAGACACCACCAUGACCUUCACCUGCUUCGUCUUCUUUGACAUGUUCAACGCUCUGAGCUCCCGUUCACAGACUCGUAUGGUACAUGAGAUGGGUCUGUGCAGUAACAGGACCUUCUGUUACGCCGUCCUGGCCUCCAUCAUGGGUCAGCUGCUCGUCAUCUACUUCCCUCCUCUGCAGAGCAUCUUCCAGACUGAGAGCCUCAGCAUCUUUGACCUGCUGUUCCUGGUGUCCCUCACCUCCUCGGUGUGCGUCGUGUCUGAGGUCAUCAAGAUGGUGGAGCGGCGUAUGGGAGCUGAGAGGAAGAGCCCGCCCUCCGACUGCUUCCACGAGGUAUGACCCCCCUCUUCCUCCUCCCACCAAAACCGCUGUCCGGGCGGCAGGACUCUGAGGUUUGGAGGACGAAGAGGAGGACGAGGGGGACGGCUUUCAGGAUCUCACAACCGAUGGCACUGACUAAUUAAGACUGAGACUUGUGGGAUUUUCCUCCUCUGGAGAAACUCUGGUCUGGGACUGGAGGAAGCUCCCAGCCUCGGGGGAAAGG